AUGAAGAUAGUGAUACAAAUUCCCGAAGCUAUGCACAAGGAAACUGAAGCUUUGGUAGAGGAGCUCAUGUGUAUAUUUCCAAGUGCAUGCAGUAGUACUACGGAUGAUUUGGAUGGUAUUGACUUAAGAAUACGCAUAGUUCAAGAUAUCAAGCCGCAGUGGAUAUUGCUAAAGAAUGCAGGGAUGGAGUUAGUGUUCAAAAUCAUUCACUACAAGUCGAGAGCAUACAUGGGUGUGUGCAGGCCGAUUUCAAAGACCGAUCCGCCGCAGCUGGUAGUAAAUAACUUUAAAACCGAUGUUGGAAUGAAGGUUGCGGAGUUUCUUACGGAGCUUUUUCCAUUUGCACAGGAGUCGAGGCAAGUUGCAAACUUUACAGUAGAAGGAGACUUUCUGUACUUUAGGCUGUACAAAUACUGUUUUGGAGAAAAAGGCCCGAUAAUGGAAAAUGUGGGGCCACACUUGACACUGAGACUGUGGAAGCUGGUAGAGUACGAAGAAGGUGAACGAAAGGUGAUGAAUUUCAAAAAGUUUAUCAAAAAUGCAUGCGUAUUGUAA